AAAUAAACGCCUGUCAUCAGUCACCACCAUGACCAAAAUCGAAACCGGAUCAAGUCAAGAUCACUCCUUAACCAAAAGCCACCACAUAGGCACCAUCAGCAAGAACAGAUCCCACAAGUAGAAAAGAGAAGACAGAGGCGUCCAUUCCUUUUUGGGAAGGUGAGGUCUGUGAACUUGUGAAGACAAAGGGAGGGGAGCAGAAGCCAAACUCCCACAGCAGAGAGAGGAGUCACCAGUCCAGGGGGAGGAGAUGGAGGAGAGGGUGAAGGUGGUGUGCAUGGCGAAGCUUGCCGAGCAGGCAGAGAGAUACGAUGGCAGGAACGCUGCCAUUCCAUUAUAGAAGAAAGCACAAUAUGUACAUGAAACAGCUAGCCCACAAUGGCACGGGCAGGCAUAAACUCAAAUGCACGCAACAAUACCGGCCACACCAUUAUCACACUUUGCUCCUUGAGCUGUCGACUCCAACUUUGGCACAAGCAGACAGACCACCAAGCACCGGCCACACCACCACCACCACCAUCAUCAUCACGCUUGGCUGCUCGAGCCAGGGACUCCGACUUUGGCAGAGUCAGAACUCCUGAACCUCCCAGGAAAUAAUUUAUCAGAUAUGGUGGACUUAAUGAAGAAACUUGCUAGGAUGGAUGUGGAUAUGAGCGGUGAAGAGAGACAUCUAUUUUCUGUUGGUUUUAAGAAUACGAUUGGUGCAAAGAGGGCAUCAUGGAGAAUCCUUUCUUCACUUGAGCAAAAGGUGACAACGGGUGAGCAGGCUGGUGGGAUGAUAAAUGAUUACAGAAAGAAAGUUGAGGAUGAGCUAAGGAUGGUUUGCAACGAAAUAUUGUCAAUUAUCGCUAUUCAUUGCCUCCCCUUGGCCAAUUCGGGUGAAAACAUUGUGUUCUUUUAUAAAAUGAAAGGUGACUACUACCGUUACCUGGCUGAAUUUAGCACGGGAACUGAAAAGAAGGCUGCUGCUGACCAGUCACUUGUGGCCUAUCAGCACGCCAUGGUUGUCGCCUCCACUGAGCUUUCACCUGUCCACCCAAUCAGGCUUGGCCUUGCGCUCAAUUUCUCAGUCUUCUUUUAUGAGAUAAUGAACUGUCAUGAGAGAGCUUGCCAAGUAGCAAAACAAGCAUUUGAUGAGGCUACUGCUGAGAUUAAUUCCAUGGGUGUGGAGGGCUACAACGACAGCACACUUAUGAUGCAGCUUCUGAAGGACAACCUAACAUUGUGGACAUCAGAGCUAACUGGAGGUGAAUCCUCUAAGGAUAACGACCUCGAUAUGGAGCAGGGAUAACUGGAACGCGUUGAAGGGCCCUAGCAUGUGCGCAAAAUAACCAGAACACUUGCUACUGAACCUGUGACCUUCGCCAGCAUAGAAACCGCCUUAUGUUACCUGUAGCUUCUUUGUUUUUGGGUCCUUGCUUGGUCUGAGCGUUGCCCUGGUUCUCAUAUUUUGAGAGCUCGGAGUGGUAAUUGUCCAUCUUUGCUGCUUUUUUUUUCUUGUAUACCGGCAAACAAUACUAUGUUACUAGUAUGUCUCUUAUCAACGACGAAAAACUGUUUCUUUUAUCAGUGGGAAUGUUUCAUCCAA